AACCUACCAAAUACCAGAAUAAGUCCACAAGUUCAGUCUUUUUUAAUUGCAUUUCUCUAUCACACCACGUUAUCUCUCUCAUGCAUUAUUUGUCUCAUCUUCUUCUGCUAAGAAAGUUGUUCUUGCCAUUGGCCAUCUCAUUAUUUGCUCCAUCUUCUAAUUACAGACACUUGUCUGGUUUUGGUUUCUUUAUCACAGCAACCUUCUUUUGCUUAAUUUACUUUUCUUUACUUACAAAAUUGAAAAUUUGAAUCCCAAAAUCAAAAGCCAAAAAAAAAAAAAAAAAAAAAAAAAUUACGUUCUAUCGAUUUCGUUGUUUCCUGUGCCUCUUGAUUUUAUUUUCUGACAAUUUCAAUUUCCCAUCCCUCGGCUUUAUUAGCGAAAAAAGGCAUUCAUACUCAAUUCAGCUUUAUAAACAGACAGCUUGUGCUCCAGUGUUCUGUAGGCAAAGGAAUCUGGAGAGACAAGAUAUAAGGAGUCGAGUUGAGAUCAAGUCGAACAACUGUCAAAUCUGAAUUCUAUAUGUUGGCUAUGACAUGCUAGGAUGCUAUGGGGAAAGCUGAUAGAUAGUCAACCCUUUGGUUAAAGCGGUGUCCCUAGGGUCCUCAACCCUACAAUCUUUGAUCAAAAGUCUACGAACUUCAGGAGGAGGUGGAGGCCCUUCAUUGGAGCCUGGCAUGUAGCUUAACCUAGAAAGUGCGAUAACCAAGAUUUCUCCAAAAGAUGCAAAAGAAAACCAAAAGAUUUGCAUACUGCUCUGUUUUUCUUCAAGCGUAGUCUCGAUCAUGAGCUAAGAUCGGAGAAGCAGACGAAUUGAUAAGCUGAAGGUGCCAUGGCGAUGGAGAUACUCACUGCAAUUAUUCCUACAAUAAUUGACUACACAAUUAGACCAGUUGCCCGCCAAGUGGGUUAUAUCAUUUUCUACAAAAGCAACCUUGAAGAUCUAAAGAGUAAAUUGGAGAAUUUUGAUUCUGUCAAACAGAGGAUGAAGCAUGAAAUUGAUGAAGUCGGAAGAAAAGUUAAUCAAAAAGUGGAAGCUGAUGUCCAGAAAUGGCAGUCAGAUGCGGAGAAGACCACUCUGGAGGCAGAAGCACUCUUGCAUGAUGAAGGUCGUGCAAAGACAAAGUGUCUCAUUAUAUGUUCUAAUCUGAUAUCCUGUCAUCAACGUAGCAGGAAGGCAACAAAACUGAUGAAAAAGAUUGAAGAACAUGAAAAUAAAAAAAAAGAGUUUUCCAGUGUUGCUUACGAAGCUCCCGUAGAAGACAUAUCUGCCAUAGCCUCUGACGGGUACAUGGCCUUUGAAUCAAGGAUUUCUAUGGUGAAGGAUAUCAUUAUAGAACUGAAAAAACCUGAUAUCAACAGGAUUGGGGUGUACGGAUUAGGGGGCGUUGGGAAGACAACACUUGCCAAAGAGGUUUACAGAGAAGCUGUGAAAGAGAACUUAUUUGAUGAUGUGGUUAUAAUACUAAAUGUCAAAGAAAAAAAAGACGAUGAAAAAAUUCAAAAGGAAAUUACCAAAAGGUUGGGGAUGGAUGUUGAUGAAUCUGAGGAUAUGGGAAAAAGGGCGAAUCUCCUACGAGCCAGGAUAAAAGAUGGGAAGACUCUUGUUAUUUUAGAUGAUGUUUUGGAAAGAAUUGACUUUGAGGCUGUAGGACUUGUCGGUGUGCCGAACUGUAAUUUAUUCUUGACAUCUAGAGAAAGAAAAGUUUUAUUCUAUGAUAUGCGUAUGCAAAACAAUUUUGAACUUGGAUUUUUAAGAGAACAAGAAAGUUGGAGUUUGUUUGAGAAGAUGGCAGGUGAUGUUGUUAAAGACAACCGUAUACUGAAGGAAGCAACCCAGCUAGCAAAGAAAUGCGGAGGUUUGCCGGUUUUGGUUGUUGCAGUUGCAAGUGCUUUAAGGGAUAGUAGUUUGGAGGAAUGGAAAGAUGCGUUGAGAAGUUUCAAAAGAUUUGACAAGAAAGAAUUGAAUGAAAAAGCAUUCUUGGCUCUAAAGUGGAGUUACGAACAAUUGGAGGAUCAAGAGCUUAAGCAAUUGUUCUUGCUUUGCGGGGGUAGCAGUAAUUUUCUGCUUGACUUGUUCAAGUAUAGUAUGGGUUUGGGUUUGAUAAAAAAUGUUGAGACAGUGGAAGAGGCACGGACUUCAUUCAAUGUAAUGGUUAAAAAAUUGAAAAAUUCUUGCCUAUUGCAGGACAACUAUGACGAUACAACUGUUAGAAUGCAUGAACUUGUAAAAGAUGUUGCUAUCCGGAUUGCAUCUGAUGAUCAAAAGGCCUUUUCAAGAACAUAUGAAGAUGAGUUGAAAGAAUGGCCAACUGAGGGUUUCCUUAAAAAAUGCACAUGGAUCUUCGUAGAAAGUUGCAAAAUCCCCCGACUUCCUGAAGUACCUUGGGAAUGCCCAGAAUUAAAAUUUUUGGUCUUGGUGAAUGAUAGUAUUGGCGACUCCCAGGAAAUCCCAAGCAAAUUUUUUGAAGGGAUGAAAGAACUCAAAGUGUUGGAUGUAACCAGUUUCCGUAUUCCGUCACUACCUUCGUCUUUUCAAUCCCUAAAGCUUCUCCACACAUUGUAUUUAGCUUCAAGCGAGUUGGUAGACAUAACUAUUGUUGCGCAGCUAACAAACUUGAAGAUCCUUAGCCUCCUACAAUCCAAGAUUAAAGAGUUGCCCAAAGAAAUAGGGCAAUUGACAAGGCUACAAUUAUUGGAGUUGACCGGUUGCUCCGAACUUGUUUUGAUCCCACCUGAUGUUAUAUCAAGCUUGACAAGACUAGAAGACUUGAGGAUGGGAAUAAAAAGCUUCACGCAAUGGGAAGGUGAAGGUUUAGUCGAUGGCAGAAGAAGUAAUGCUAGCGUUUCAGAGCUGGAGCACUUAUCUCAUCUAUCCGCAUUGGACAUACAUGUUCUAGAUGCUAACCUUCUUCCAACCAACUUGUUCUCUGAUAAGUUAGAAAGAUACACCAUACUUAUUGGUGACUGUUGGGAAUAUCUUGACAUCAACGAAACCUUGUCUAACAUGCUAAAACUGAAGCUCACCAGAAGAAAUCAAUUCGACCGAGGUGUAAAGUUGCUAGUAAAGAGAUGUGAGCAGUUGUACUUGGAUGGGAAGGAGAGUGUGAAUAUUAUUUCCUAUCUAUUUGACAGUGAAGCUGCUAAACAACUGAAGCAUCUCCAUGUCCAAAACAACGACGAAGUUACAUAUGUCAUUAACUCCAUCAGUUGGAGUUACUCUCAUAAUGCCUUCCCCAACCUAGAAUCUCUAUUUCUUGAAGACCUUGUGAGGUUGGAAAGUGUAUGUUAUGGACAACUCAAAGGCGAGCCCUUCCAAAAGUUAAAAUCGUUGACACUGCGGAAUCUACCAAAGCUUAUUGGUUUCUCUUCCAAAGACAAGCAAUUAGCGACUGACACAGAAGCCAACAAAAUCGUGUUGGAGGAUGAAGUUGGUGGACCACCGAAACUUUUCGGUAAUGAGAAGGUUAUGAUGCCCAACUUAACAACCUUGUCUGUGCAUCAAUGUGAUAGUUUAAGAUUCUUAUUUUCGAGUUCUAUGGCUAAAUGUCUCAGACAACUCAAAAAUCUCAAGAUAUCCAACUGUCAAAUCAUGGAAGAGAUAGUGGGAAAUGAAGAGAAUACAGAUGACAUGUUUGAUAAGCUAAACCGUCUAGAGCUACAACAUCUUCCAAACCUCAUUAGAUUCAGCUCAGGAAGUUAUAUUAGAUUUCCGUCUUUGGUGUAUUUGGACUUAGAAGAUUGUACUAAAUUGGAGACAUUCAUCUUUGAUGCCAAGAGUGAAAAUAUUAUAACCAACAAAGAAGAAAGAGAUAUUGAGCUCUUUGAUGAAAAGGUAGGAUUUCCUAGCUUGGAGACGUUGUACAUAUGGGACUUACCUAAGUUGCAGAGAAUAUUCCACAACCAACUUCAUUCAGAUUCUUUUGGCAAGCUCAGAAUUAUGGAUGUUCGUAGAUGCCACAAUCUGAUUAAUAUCUUUGGGCCAAGUAUCAUGGGAAGAUUGAAUGCUCUAGAGAGAUUACAAAUAGUGCAAUGCCAGUCCCUACAAGUGGUAUAUGACUCAUCAGCUACCACUCAGUUGAACGGUUUUGAGUGCCCAAAUCUAAACUCAGUUGAGAUAGACUCAUGUGAUAGUUUGAAAAAUGUUUUUCCCGUCUCAAUGGCCAAAACUCUUAAGCAGCUAAGCAAGUUGAAGGUUGAAAAUUGUGGUUUAAUGAAGGAAGUUGUCACAAGGGACGGACCAAAAAGGACACAUGAGGAGUUCGGGUUCCCUAAAGUAGAAAUUGUGAUAUUUGAAAAUCUACCUCGGCUUCGGAGUUUCUAUCCUGGAUUGCAUGUCUCUAAUUGGCCAUUACUCAACAAAUUGAGCUUCAUUAAAUGUGGUAGUGUGGAGAUUUUUGCUUCCGAAUUUUCAACAUAUCAAGACAAGCUUGACUUGAGCCACUCAAGGCCAAUGACACAACCUUUCUUUUUAAUUGAGAAGGGUAAGUCAUUCCUCAACUUGGAAUCCUUGAUGUUGGACAAGAACACGGAGAUUUGGUAUGAACCAUAUGGUCCACUCCCGGCAGAGUUGCUGAGAAAACUAAAAGGACUUCGUUUUGCUACUUCACAUCCCAAGUCAGAUUUUUUCUUUGAGAAUUUACAGAAUCUUGAACAACUCUGUGUCCUCUCCGCUCCUUGGAAAGAAUUAUUUGGCCACGACCACCAAGGAAGUAGUGGAGGGGAAAUACAUGAAGUUGAGACCCUCCCACGUGUAAAAUUUUUGGGGCUCUUCGAUAUGCCGGAGCUGAUACAUCUAGGAAAGGAAAACUCCCAACCAGGGGGCCCUGUUUUUCCAAACUUGGAACUUCUAUGCCUGAAGAAAUGUGGCAGAUUAGAGAAUCUAAGUUCAUCAUUGAUAUCCUUUCGAAAUCUAACCACUUUGUACAUAUUCGAUUGUCACGGACUGCAAUACUUAAUACCUUGUUCUGUGGCUAAGAAUUUGCAGCAACUCAAGAAGUUGGCAGUCGAGUCCUGUCAAAGAAUGGUAGAAAUAGUAGCGAGCAACGAAGAUAAUCCAGAAAAUGAGAUUACUUUCAGUUGCUUGCAACAUUUGAAACUUUCUGAUCUACCAAGUCUGAAAGGAUUUUGCACGGAAAAUUGCGUUGUCAAAGUCCCAUCCUUACCGACUUUGAUUGUCAAGGACUGCCAGCUUAUCGAGUUUAAGAUUUCUCCUGAUGGGUUACUCCAAAGUGAUCCAAGACCAGAAAGACUAGAAAUAACAGAGGAAACUGAUGAUGUACUGAUGCCAAGUGAUUCAAAGGAGAAUGAUUGUGAUCAAACCGACCAGCCGAUGAUUGCGGAUACAAAUGUAUAUGCUACAAUUGCAAGACUCUCUGCCAAAAAUGCAUCAUCAUAUAUUGCCUGGCGUGUUAAGGUUUUCCGGUUGUGUGCGAUUGCGUGUUUGUGUGUUAUUUUCUUCUUCCUUUUGUUUUUCCUUUUAAAGGAAGAAAUAUCAGCCAGGAAAGCAAACCGGAAGGCAUUCUGAUCCGUUGGACCACACUACACAUUCCACGGUCUGUGCCCAGCCAUGCUUCCCUGGCCGAUCUCAUAUUGUUUGGUAUAAGCCUGCAAGCUGCGGCCUCAAUGGAAAGCCAUCCCAGAAACUAGUGCAAUUUGGGAAGGCACUAGUGCAUAUUCCUUGUCAUGUUAUGCUUGUAUUGACUUGUGUGUUUCGUUGUAAAAGUGUGAUUUGUAUUUGGACCUUUGUUCGCAACAU